AAGAGGAACAAAUUGUCCUAACAAUCACAUCUAACACCGCGGAGACUAUCGCCACUGGAAUACUCCCCCAAUAAUCGGAUUUCCUUUUUUUUUUUUUUUUUUUUUUUUUAAUCAGCACCACAUUGAACCGAGACACAACUUUAGAAGAAAGGUAUUCGAGGGCCCGUUUUCGAGCACCCCCUCUGUUUCAGAGGUAUACUUUGGUACUCUUAUCUGGCUCUCUUGAUCUGUUUCUUUCGUUUAAAGGUGCUUCGCCCAUUGACAUCAUGUCCAUGCUUCCCUCGUUUGGGUUUACCCAGGAGCAAGUGGCCUGCGUGUGUGAGGUACUUCAACAGGGGGGCAAUUUGGAACGACUGGGUCGCUUUUUAUGGUCCCUGCCAGCAUGCGAUCACCUGCACAAGAACGAGAGUGUUCUCAAAGCUAAGGCAGUGGUGGCUUUCCACCGGGGAAACUUCCGAGAGCUCUACAAAAUAUUAGAGAGUCACCAGUUUUCGCCGCACAAUCAUCCCAAACUCCAGCAGCUUUGGCUGAAGGCUCACUACGUGGAGGCGGAAAAGUUGCGAGGCAGACCUUUGGGUGCAGUGGGCAAGUACAGAGUGCGGAGAAAAUUCCCGCUGCCCAGGACCAUUUGGGACGGGGAGGAAACGAGUUACUGCUUUAAGGAAAAGUCCCGGGGGGUUCUGAGGGAAUGGUACACCCACAAUCCGUACCCCUCGCCCCGGGAGAAGAGAGAACUGGCCGAGGCCACUGGACUAACAACCACGCAGGUCAGCAACUGGUUCAAGAACAGAAGGCAGCGAGAUCGCGCCGCCGAGGCGAAAGAACGGGAGAACAGUGAGAACAAUAAUUCAGGAGGCAGUAAACAGAACCAGCUGUCCCCUCUGGAUGGGGCCAAGUCCCUGAUGUCAAGCUCUGAAGAUGACUUCUCUCCACCGCAAAGCCCUGAUCAGAACUCGGUCCUGCUGCUACAGGGGAACAUGAAUCACAGUGGGGGCUCCACGUACCCAAUGAGCAGCCUUCAAGGACAUCCACACCAGCUGCAGGACUCUCUUCUUGGACCCCUCACAUCCAGUCUGGUGGAUCUCGGCUCCUAAAGAGCCACUAAAAUGUUUCUUUUUGUACAAUAAGAGACAGUGACACUUUUGAUGACUCUCAUAUGAAGACCAGGAUAAAAAAAAAGAGAGACUUCUCAUAAAUUACCUUAAUGCUCUUCUUCACAAACUGGCAUAUCCUCUUUGAGGGUAAAUGUGUAUGUAUGCGCACAUACACCUCACAUAUACAGUACAUGCAGACAUCUCACCAGAGAGACAGUGCUGAUACUUUAUUACUGUCACUAUAAUUUACAUUUAAAAGAUCAUUGUCAUAUUAAAAUGGUUUUAAAUUUA